AUGCAAAUAAAAGCGCAAAAAAAAGAAGAAGAAGAAGCGUAUAAAGAACAGGAAAAGUCAAAUACUUGUGGGAAAAUGAUCACAGGGAGAGAAGAAAAUAAAGGUGUGCAAUGUGAGUGGCCCAGGACCCAGGACCCAGGACCCAGGACCCAGGACCCAGGACCCAGGACCCAGGACCCAGGACCCAGGACCCAGGACCCAGGACCCAGGACCCAGGACCCAGGACCCAGGACCCAGGACCCAGGACCCAGGACCCAGGACCCAGGACCCAGGACCCAGGACCCAGGACCCAGGACCCAGGACCCAGGACCCAGGACCCAGGACCCAGGACCCAGGACCCAGGACCCAGGACCCAGGACCCAGGACCCAGGACUUAAGACCCAGGACCCAGGACCCAGGACCCAGGACCCCCGGAUCCCCGGAUCCCCGGAUCCCCGGAUCCCCGGAUCCCCGGAUCCCCGGAUCCCCGGAUCCCCGGAUCCCCGGAACCCCGGAUCCCCGGAUACCCGGGUCCCCGGAUCCCCGGAUCCCCGGAUCCCCGGAUCCCCGGGUCCCCGGAUCCCCGGAUCCCCGGGUUCCCGGAUUGCCGGAUUCUGGGAUUUCCGAAUUCCAGGAUUUCGGAAUUCCAGGAUUUCGGAAUUCCAGGAUUUCGGAAUUCCAGGAUUCCCGGAUCCCUACCCCGGGUCACCUUCUCAGGAGCCCAGGGAAGGAAGAACUGAUUUUUCUCCUCACUUCACACUUCUUUUUCACUACUCUUCCUGA